AUGUGGUAUUGGCGUAGGAGGAUAGAGGCCCUCUCCCGUUCCUUCCUUGUCCGCUUCUCCCAUUGCCCAAGAGAGGCCAACUCUCCGGCAGAUGAACUAGCACGUAUGGGGAGCGAUGACAGGGAGAAUCUCUUAUUCCUCGAUGUUUCGGCUCUCCCAGCUAAAAUUCGUGGUCUUAUUUUCUUAGACAAAAUUGGGCUGGUCUUCUUCCUCUCCUCAUUCUCUUCCCCAAAGAGAAAACCCACACACCUUCCUCCAAGUCCUCCCCAGCUUCCCAUCAUUAGCAACCUCCACCAGCUUGGCAACUUGUCUCAUCGCUCUCUCUGGCACCUCUCCCAAAAAUACGGUCCACUCAUGUAUCUAAAACUAGGAAGCCUACCCACCCUUGUUAUUUCCUCAGCCAAACUCGCCAGCCACAUCAUGAAAACCCAAGAUAUCAUCUUCUGCAAUAGACCUCUCUUUGUUUCCUACAAGAAACUCUCUUACAAUUUCUCAGACCUCGCUUUUACACCCUACAGAGAAUACUACAAGAACAUGUGUAAAAUCUUCAACAAUGAACUCCUUACAUCAAGAGAGUCCAGUCAUUUAGAUUCAUUAGGGAGGAUGAGGUUGCUCUACACUAUCAUCAGCAGGGCUGCUUUGAGUAAGAGUUACCGAGGAGGAGGAGAGAAGACCAACUUCCAUAGUGUUUUUGAGGAGGCGCAGGCCUCAUUGACAGCUUUCUUCUACACCAACUACAUUCCAUGGUUGGGAUGGAUUGACGUUGUCACCGGACAGUGGGCCAGGUUGGAGAAGAGUUUUCGAGAAUUGGAUGAGUUUUAUGAGAAAGUAAUCCACGAGCAUCUCGACCCCAAGAGGGUAAAACAGGAGCAAGAGGAUCUUGAAAACAUACCAAUUCCCUCUGCUGAUGAUCCAUUCUGGCGAAAGCUGGGACUGGUGGAGUUGUCGCCUUGGUCCCCUGAUGCUCAAAUGGUGGAGGAAGAAACAUGGAUUCGUCUAUUUGGGAUCCCAUCCCACGCAUGGUUUGUUUCGGUAAUAUGCGAUUUGGGUAGCUGUUUUGGUGAAGUAACUCAGAUAGAUACCAUGUCUAUCGGAAUCUUCCAAAUGUUUGCUCGUAUUAAGGUGAUCAAUAGGCAGCGGGCGUCUUUCCUCAAUCCCAUUCAGUUUGUUGUGGCUGGGAAAUCUUACGAUGAUUGGGCUCACCCAGAAGAUAAAGAGACGAGUGUGGAAUCCGGAGCGAAGGAGGCACCGUCUUCACAUUCAGAUGGUUCUCCAGCCCCCUCUGCCAUUUGCCGCAGAUGCACAAACUCUAACAGGAAUCCUAGUGUGCCUCAUUCCAUCGCUGCAACUGACCCCCCGGUGGCUAUGCAGGAACAUCGUCCAGCCAUGUUGACUGAAUCAACCUCAGAACCACAGCUCCAACACAAACCACACCUUCCAGUGGAACCGUCCUCCCCACCAACUUCUCCUCUCGAUCAAGUCAGGUUAGGGGAGCUAGCUGAGGAGCGCUUGAUGCUUCCCCUGCUCCCCCAGGAUGAGAAUGCACUCCCUAUCCAAUGUAAAUCAGCAUGGCAUUCCCCCAUCAGCCCCUUCCCCACCAGGCUCAGAGAGAAGACCAACUUCCAUAGUGUUUUUGAGGAGGCGCAGGCCUCAUUGACAGCUUUCUUCUACGCCAACUACAUUCCAUGGUUGGGAUGGAUUGACGUUGUCACCGGACAGUGGGCCAGGUUGGAGAAGAGUUUUCGAGAAUUGGAUGAGUUUUAUAAGAAAGUAAUCAACGAGCAUCUCGACCCCAAGAGGGUAAAACAGGAGCAGGAGGAUCUUGUGGAUGCCUUGAUACGAGUCCAAAAGGAUCUGCAUCUCAGCAGAGAUAACAUCAAGGCACUGCUCAUGGUCAUACACUCUUCUUUCUACUUACCUAAUUUCCUUGGUCGAUCAGAGAAGUUUUUCUUUGGUGGGUACCUUUCGGGCUCGGGCCUAGCCCAGUUUAUCCUGUCUGGACCAGGCUGGACUAUUUUGGCCCAUCUUGGGAUGGACUAUUUCAGCCCAUCUCGGACUCAGAUGACGAUAAAAAUAUACUCUUCUCUAAUGUUGCCCAUAUAUUUUUUGCAAGACAUUUUUAUUGCUAGAACAGACACAGGUGCUGCAAUGGUCGUGUGGGCCAUGACGGAGCUUGUAAAGAAACCAAGAAUGAUGAAGAAAGUACAGGAAGAAAUUAGAAAGAUUAUAGGAAACAAAGGUAAGGUAGAAGAAGAUGACCUACACCUACUUGAUUCUUUUAAGUUAGUGGUGAAGGAGACUUUUAGAAUGCACCCUGCCGCUCCUAUGCUCGUUCCACAUGAAACUACUAGACAAUGUAGGCUUGAUGGAUACAUCAUUGCCCCCAAAACAUUGGUACUUAUCAAUGCAUUAGCUAUUGGGCAGGAACCUGAAUCAUGGAAAAAUCUAGGAGAGUUCUGUCUAGAGAGAUUCACAGAUAGCUCCAUUGAUUAUAAAGGACAGGACUUCCAAUUCAUACCGUUUGGGGCAGGACGGAGGAUCUGCCUGGGGAUGCAUUUUGGAGCAGUGACUGUGGAGAUUGCUCUAGCAAAUCUUCUCUAUUCUUUUAAUUGGGAACUACCUCUUGGCAUGAACAAGGAAGACGUCGACAAGGGUGAAUUAACCGGUAUAACCGUACAUAAGAAAUCUCCUCUCCUCCUUGUGCCGAUCAAAUACAUCAAUUCAACAAAUGGGGAAACAAAUGAAUAGAGGAUUUCUUUCUCUGAUAUCUAGUUAUGUAUAUUGUACAAUAAUGUAUGGAUUGAUUUGCUUGAUAUUA